ACACAUCCAAUGCAACAAAAGCUCACUAAUUUCCUCUUUCUGCAUUGUGUAGAUAGAUGGAAUCAAUCCUGUUCUCACCAAAUGCAAAACUCUUCUCACAACUACAACAGCAGUUCUCCGGCAGCCGGAAAAGACUCAAUUCGAAAACAAGGCAAUGUAUCACCUGCCAAGCAAAAGGCGAAAGUGAAGGCAGCAGCAGCCGCGGUGGAACUACAGAGUUAGCAGUUGUGAUCAGUGGGUUUGUAGCAAACCCGGUGAUCGGUUACUCACUCUACACUCUAAAGACAACCGGUUGCGGUCUCCCCCCGGGGCCGGGUGGGUCUUUAGGUGCACUUGAAGGAGUGAGCUAUCUUGUUUUGGUAGGCAUCAUUGGCUGGUCAAUUUACACCAAAGUUAAAACUGGGUCAGGUUUGCCUGCAGGACCUUAUGGGCUUCUUGGUGCAGUAGAGGGCUUGUCUUACUUGACUCUUUUGGCAAUCUUUGUUGUUUUUGGUCUUCAGUUUCUUGACCGUGGUUACCUCCCCGGUCCACUUCCCGGCGACCAGUGCUUCGGUUGAUUGAUCAAUUUAGUGUGUAUGUUUCUUAUUUUGGUUAUGUUUAUCAUUUCUUUUCAAUUGAGAAUGAUUUUUAUGUGAAACAAUCCAUUGGGCAUGAAUAUGUUCUUAGCACAUUUUUUUUUUA